GACCUGGGCACCACGUACAGCUGCGUGGGAGUUUGGAAGAACGACGGUGUCGAGAUCAUUGCCAAUGAUCAAGGCAACCGGACCACUCCUUCGUAUGUGGCCUUCACGGACACCGAGCGCCUGAUCGGCGAUGCAGCCAAGAAUCAGGUCGCUCGAAACCCCGAGAACACGGUGUUCGACGCCAAGCGCCUGAUUGGCCGCAAAUUCAACGACCCCAUCGUGCAGUCAGACAUCAAGCUGUGGCCUUUCAAGUGCGUGGCCGGUCCAAGCGACAAGCCGCUCAUCGUGGUCACUGUGGAGGGCGAGGAGAAGAAGUUCCAUCCGGAAGAGAUUUCGUCCAUGGUGCUCCUUAAGAUGAAGGAGACGGCAGAGGCCUACCUUGGUUCCAAGAUCAACGACGCCGUCGUGACCGUGCCCGCGUACUUCAACGACUCGCAGCGCCAGGCCACCAAGGAUGCAGGAACAAUCUCGGGCAUGAACGUUCUGCGCAUCAUCAACGAGCCGACCGCAGCGGCGAUCGAGAAGGAACUCGGCCUCUUCGACGAGGCGCCGGCAGCGCACGCCACCGCCGUGGGAGCGCCAGGCGAGGGCGAAGGCAUGAAUGACAAAAUCACUCGGAGCAUCCUCGAUGCGUGGCACGUUCACCUGCAGCAUGGGCACCAUGCGCCCAGCGAUGAAGCUACGAAGCAGAUGCUUCUGGACCUGAAAAGCACUCCUGUGGCUUACGUGGUCUUUGCUACGGAGGCAGCCAAGAACACCGCCAUCGAUGCCGUCAAGCGCAGUGGCCUUCUCAUCAACGGCAGCACCUGCACGCUCACGAAGGCCUAG